UUAUGAUUUUGAACUGCAACUGUGUAACUUUUCACGAAACGAAACAAUAGUAAAUUUGUCAACAUUCCAUCAAGAUUCUCCAAACAGUUUGCCCUAAACAAACAGUAAACAAAAAGGAAUCACUUGCAAAAAAACAUGCACAUUCUGGUGGAGAUUUGUGUCGAUACAUACGAAUCUGCCGUUGCAGCGAUUCAAGGUGGCGCGGAUAGGCUAGAACUGUGUUCGGCACUCAGUGAAGGUGGAUUAACACCAACGGUUGGAUUAUUGCGGCAAAUUAAACAAUACCUAUCCGAGCAAAAUGACCCAACAAAGAUCAUUCCCGUGUACUGCAUGAUACGCUGCAGAAGAGGCAGCGAUUUUUGUUACUCCGAGCAGGAAAUGAACGUGAUGCUUUGGGAUUUAGAAAUGUUGAAACAAUACGGUGCCGAUGGGUUCGUUUUUGGUGCACUAGAACCCUCAUCCGGUAGGGUGCAUCGGGAACAUUGCGAGCAAAUUGUUGCCGCGGCCGGGAAACUGCCAAUGACUUUUCAUCGUGCUAUUGACUGCACGGAUGAACGACUACUGGAAGAGAAUCUUAAUCUCGUAGCGCAGCUAGGAUUUUCGACUGUCCUUACGAGUGGCUUAAAACCAACGGCUGAACAGGGGAUGGAAACGAUCGCGAACAUGAAGGCUAUGACCAUGAACAUAGCGAAGGUUACUGGUAAAUCCCUCCAAUUAAUGCCUGGCUCCGGGAUAUCUGCGGGAAAUGCAUUGCAAGUUUUACAACUAACCGGAUGCGAUGCGAUACAUGGAUCCGCAAGCAUUGUGAAACCAUCCGAUGAUACAACCAGAGCAUUACCGAUGGGAGCAACGAACGUCGAUGCUUUGCCCUUAAAGGUGUGCAGUUCGGCAAAGGUGCAAGAGUUACGCCGUUUAAUUGAUAAUAUUGAAGCUUAAUGUAAUGAAAAUAAAA